ACAAUUAGUUCCUCAAGGAAGUACAGCUCAGAUUAUCUUGAAACACAGUGUUGAGCAGAUCAGAGAGUUUCUUUGGAACCUUUGUGUAGUUCCAUCCUUGUUUAACAAGAGCAUUGAUUCAAAAAAACCUGGAUGUUGAUCACCUAAGCUGCACAGACAAGGAGGCCAGAUACUUGACAGAGAGGAGGGAGGGAAAGAAAAGAAAAAGCAGAAAUGGAGAACUUUAGCUCCAGAGACUUGGCUAUGAAAGCCCAGAAGAAGCUUCUUAGCAAUAUGGCCAAUAAGUCUGUAGUGCAGAUGUUCAUUGAUGACACCAGCAGUGAAAUCCUGGACGAGCUGUAUCGUGUCUCAAAGGAGUACACAGGGAACCGUGUAGAGGCCCAGAAAGUGAUUAAGAACCUGGUUAAAAUUGUUGUGAAGAUUGCAGUGCUUUUUAAGCACAACCGUUUCAGUGAAGAGGAGCUCCACUUAGCCCAGACCUUCAAGAAGAAAUUACACCAGGGAGCCAUGACAGCUAUCAGUUUCCAUGAGGUUGAGUUCACCUUUGACAAAGCAGUGAUAUCAGAGAUCCUUAACUCAUGUAGAGACAUGAUGCUCAAGCUUGUAGAGACUCAUCUCACAGCAAAAUCCCAUGGACGCAUCAACCAUGUCUUUAACCAUUACUCUGAUCCGGAACUUCUCACCCAGCUGUACAAUCCAGAUGGCCCUUUGAAGCCUCAUCUCAGUAAAAUUUGCAAUGGACUUAGCAAACUGAUCGAAGAGGGCAAAUUAUGAGAGCGCCGUGUCAGUGGGACGCCAAACAGUAUUUCUUUAAAGAGACCAACAAAGUCCUGGACUAGAAAAAUGCAAGCCAUGAAUUAUAUAUUCAGCACACACAGUGAUUAUCUCACUGAUGGCAGUCUCUUUGUUCAAAUUUUUGUAAAUUGUAGUCCACCACUGUUCUCUGUUUAUGAUAAGAAAAUUACAUUUCACAUAAUUGUUUUUCAGCACAGAGAAAUAUUGAUCGUUUUGAAUUUUUAACAGGCAUUUCAGCAAACUUGUUUUGAGGUGAAAAAUUUGAUGAGCUAAUUUUAUCAAUAAGCACUAUAUUUAAAUUUACUUUUCAAUUUUCAUUUUAAUGAACCAUCAAGGUUACACUUAUCUAAAAUUAAAAAAUCUUAGUGACAUGCUUUCCAGUAAAGUAAGAAACAAGGAAAGAGAGAAUAUAUAUAUAUAAGUGUUUAUAUAUAAGGGGUAUCAAUAAAUACCAGCUCUGAAUUGUGUACAAUUUUCUGCCACUGAAAAGGAAUUCAAGUUCUAGUUAAAAUUGGGAAUGAAAAGCUAGCAUUGUAGCUUUUCAUUCCUAAUUUUAACUAGACCUUGAAUUCCUUUUCAGUGGCAGAAAAUUGUACACAAUUCAGAGCUGGUAUUUAUUAAUACCCUACAAUGCUGUAAGAAUGGGGUAUAAUAAAUAUAUCUGUAAAAUUAUGCCUUGGGAAAAACAUUAUCAAAUCAAAGCUCAGUUCCACAUUAGUAAAUCUCUUCACUGCCACCUGGUGUAACGUCAAUUGAACUGUGAUUGAAGUCCCUGUCUGUCCUAAACAUACUAAUGCACAUACAUGCAUUGAUGAUUCUAUAUAAUGUGCUUUUGGUGCCCCAAGUGAAAAUAAGAUAUUUGGAUAAAUCAGCAAUGGUGAUCAAACUGGUUAUUUUAAAAGCCUACAGAUUCUACAGACAUUUUAUACUGAUACACUGAUGAUAUACACUGUAUAUUUCAUACAAUACUGGUUGUAAAUAAACCUUGUGCAUUUA